AUGAAGCUUCCUCUCACCCUCCUACCACUACUUGCUACGCCACUCGUUGCCAAACCGCUCGAUAUCUUCGACGCGGGGGCUGUCGCACUCUCGGCUGUUGAGCAGUGGUUCGCCCCGCAUGAUGACCUGGUCGACCCUGUCCGCACACACCUCCUGGUGGCGGACGGCGAUGAAGAUGCUCCCGUCCCUGAGCUCACUAUCUCGCAAGGCUUCAGUGCACACCAUAACGACUUGGCGGGGAUUUGUAACCUCCGCGCGCGUGGAGGUGGGGCCGACGACACGGACAACUUUGUCAACACAAUGAAGCGGUGUGGGAAGAACAGCUUGAUCAUUAUGAACUCGCCGGUGUACAACAUCCGUCGCCCCAUCAAGAUCCGCCUCGAGAACAGCGUCCUCUCACUCAGUGGCCGGCUCAAGUUCUCCGACGACAUCGAGUACUGGGUAAAGAAUGCGUUCGACCUCGGCUUCCAGAAUCAGAAGCUGGCGAUGAUUGUGAGCGGCUCCAACUUUGUUCUGAAUGGCGAGGACAGCGGCGGCAUCGACGGUUCGGGCCAGGCGUGGUACGACUAUGCGCGCGGCGUCGGCAACGUGCACGGGCGGCCGAUGAGUCUGGCCCUCAUUGGUGCGCGCAACGCAGUCGUCACAAACUGGAGCAUUUGGCAGCCGCAGUUUUGGGCGCACAUCGCCGUUGACUCGGACAACGUCGUGUACGAGAGCUGCUACGUCAACGCGACGUCUACCAGCGGCACUUUUGAGGAGAAGAGUUGGCUGCAGAACACCGACGGGAUCGACACGUACCGCUCCAAUGACGUGGUUAUCAGCAACUUUGUAUAUCAGGGCGGCGACGACUGCAUCGCCUUCAAGCCCAACAGCACCAAUAUCGCCGUGCACAACGUCACGUGCGUUGGAGGCACGGGGAUUGCGUUUGGUAGCAUUGCACAGUACGACGGCGUCAAGGACGUGAUUGAGAACGUCGUACUCCGUGACAUCAAGUUGUACGCUUCGGACCAGUGCCGCGGAUACCAAGGCGUAUACUUCAAGAGCUGGAUUGGGGAGGAAGUGGGCCACCCGCCGAAUGGAGGUGGCGGUGGAUACGGGUACUGCCGUAACGUCUCGGUUAAAGACGUGUACAUGGAGGACAUUGACCGGCCCAUUGCGCUCACGGCUGGCCUCACGUACCUGGACGAGGAGCACGGCAAGCACAAGUACGGCACGUUUGAAUGGAGUCACAUCAAUAUUACGCGGGUGCGGGCGACGAGCACUGCCAACCGGGCUGUAUGGCUUGACUGCUCGCCUGACCAGCCGUGUCAUGACAUCCGCUUCAAGGAUGUCGUGGUGACCCCAGGCAAGACGGACCAUCCCGAGAUCCACCAGGUGUGCAACUACGUUAUGCACAGCGACGACGAUGGACUUGAGGGAUGCAAGCCGAACAACAGCACGCUCGAGUCGGACACUGGGGGCACGAUGUAG